AACAGUUUGUGUCCGUACAGUUAGUCCAUAAACAAAACACCAUUAAUAAAAACGAUCUUUUCGAAUUAAAGGCUCCCUCUGUCCUGAAAGGGAAGAUUCAGUUUGCUCUGAUGCUAGUAUUUAAUGUUUACAGAUAAACCCACCUAUAACAUUUCCUCCUCUGACUUUUGAACCACUUUUUUUGGACGCACUACAACAAAAAAGUCCCCAAAUAAAUUAUUUUUAAAAAAGAAAAGGAAAAAAAUAAGUAGUUUAGCUUUGGAUUCUUGGUUAAUUCUAACCUGUAAAAUCAAGAAAGCUUUUUUAUUGCUGGAGAGGGAAAAUGGGUGCAAUGGAGUUUUACCUGUUGUGGGCUCUGCCCAUGCCUUUCACCAAGCCAAAGUUAUGUUUUGAUCUAUUGGUGAUCAAGAACGCGAUAACUGUGAUGAGACGGGAUGAGCAUUAAAUAUUGGCUUCACAAACAAAAGAACCACUUGUCUUCGAAAUUGAGGGAGAUGAUGAAAUGCAUGUGCUCCAGCAAGCAACUACGAGUAGAUGAAGCCGUUGCUUCGUCAGAGUCCCUGGCAACUCGGGACUAUUCAGCAAGCGGAUUCUCCUCUCGAGCUGGGGAUGCUGAUACGAGAGCUGACACCAGUAACAUAGAAGAGGCAGAAACAUCGCUCCGAGAGAGUGGCUUUUUGAAUUAUGAGGAAGCGAGAGCUUUGUUGGGACGACUCGAAUACCAAAAGGGAAACGUUGAGGCUGCACUCACUGUUUUUGAAGGGAUAGACGUUGCUGCGGUGAUUCCUAGGAUCAAAACCACUCUAGUUAGGAGAUGUGAGCUUCCUAGACGUCAUUCUCAAAGCGACAAUACCCCGCCAAUGUCUAUGCACGCCGUGAGUUUGCUCGUUGAAGCGAUUUUCCUCAAAGCAAAAUCACUGCAGGCUCUUGGAAGGUACAAAGAAGCGGCUCAGUCGUGCAGCGCAAUAUUAGACACCUUCGAAUCUGCAAUACCGGAAGGCUUGCCAGAGAAGUUCGCCUCCGAUUGUAAACUGCUGGAGAUACUAAACAAGGCUGUCGAGUUGCUUCCCGAGCUGUGGAAGCUCGCCUUCGCCCCACAAGAGGCGAUUUUAUCCUACAGAAGAGCCCUGCUUUACCAGUGGGAUCUCGACGUGGAGACGAGGACGAGAAUAGAGAAGGAUUUCGCUGUAUUUCUUCUUUACAGCGGCCACGAUGCAAGCUCUCCGAAUCUUCGUUCACAGAUGGAGGACUCCUUCAUACCGAGAAACAACGUUGAAGAAGCUGUCCUGUUGCUGCUUCUGAUCCUCAAGAAGCUCGGUCUGAAGAGGAUCGGGUGGGACCCGUCCAUCAUAUACCACCUCGGCUUCGCCUUGUCCGUAGCAGGCGAGUGCAGGUCGCUCGCCUGCCAGAUCGAGGAUCUGCAUCCGGGGAGCAUCGAGAGGAAAGAAAAGUACACUUCUUUAGCCCUAUGUUACCACGCGGAAGGCGAUGAUUCCAUCGCGCUAAACUUGUUGCGUAAUCUCUUGAACAAUCGAGAGAAUCGUGGCUGCGAAUUCGAGCUGCUGCUGGCCUCGAAGAUCUGUGCAGAGAACCCCGGUUUCCUCGAAGAAGGGACGGGAUACAUCCAUAAACUCCUCGUUGCAUCUGACAGAUGCAACGAGAGAGCUAGCGUUGCUAACCACUUGUUAGGCCUCUCCCUCUCCGCCCGAUCCAAAGGUGGCGUAGGGUCCGAUGCACAGAGGCUGUCACGGCAGUCAGAGGCGCUGGAGGCGCUCGAGACGGCUCAGAGGAUGACGAGAGGGACGAAUCCGAGCAUGCUUUUCUCCCUCAGUCUCGAAAACGCUGAGCAGAGGAAGCUCAACGCUGCUCUCUAUCACACGAAGCAGUUGCUGGCGCUGGAAGGCGGGGCGAGUAUAAAGAGUUGGAUUCUUCUCGUUCGGAUUUUGUCGGCUCAGAAGAGGUACGUGGACGCGGAGAGCAUGCUCGACGCUGCUCUGGACGAGGCGGGGAAGUGGGAUCACGCAGGGCUGCUACGGACCAAGGCCAAGCUGCAGAUCGUGCAGGGCCGUUUCACUGACGCGGUCGACACGUAUACGAGGCUUCUUGCUGUUCUUCAAGUGCAGAGGAAGAGCUUCCAAGUCCAGCAAAGGCUCUUGCAAGACAAGCAGAACGUUGCGAGUUUAGAACUGGAGACGUGGCACGAUCUUGCGAACGUCUACGCCAACUUAUCGCAGUGGCGAGAUGCCGAGAUAUGCCUUUCGAAAUCCGAAGCGAUCAAUCCUCAUUCCGCCUCGAGACUACAUUCUGCAGGUUUACUCUGCGAAGCUAAAGGCAUGCAGAAGGAAGCUCUGAGGUGUUUCGAGAAGGCGCUCGACAUUGACCCGAACCACAUCCCUAGCUUGAUAUCGACCGCGAUCAUUCUGAGACGACUCGGCCAACAAUCGGUGGCCGUGGCGAAGAGCUUUCUCACUGAUGCGCUGCGGCUCGACAGAACUAGCCAUGCGGCCUGGUACAAUCUUGGCCUGAUCUACAAGAGCGAGAGCAGCAGCGUCGAGGCAGCGGAGUGCUUCGAGGCUGCGGCCGUGCUCCAAGAAUCCGAACCGAUCGAGCCUUUCAGAUGAUCGAUGAUUGGGAGAUGUGUAUAGAGCGGAGAUAAACUUGUGUUAGUUAUGUAUGAAGAAGAAGCAUGUAUAAUAUAAUCCUUUGAAGUGAAAACAUUGCUUGUAUGUUUGGGUUGUAGCUUGAGAAAAUAUCAUCCAAAGUGAUUAUUAAGGGAGCAUUUAUUUUUUAGGAUUAA